ACUAGAAGAUUUCCAAGAUGGUGCUGGAAAGUACUAUGGUCUGUGUGGACAACAGUGAGUACAUGAGGAAUGGAGAUUUCCUGCCCACCAGGUUACAGGCGCAGCAGGACGCCGUCAACAUUGUCUGCCACUCAAAGACCCGCAGCAACCCAGAGAACAAUGUGGGCCUUAUCACAAUGGCCAAUAAUUGCGAGGUCCUCACCACUUUAACACCAGACACUGGCCGCAUCCUUUCAAAGCUCCAUGCGGUUCAGCCUCUGGGAAAAAUCUCCUUCUGCACUGGCAUACGAGUGGCACAUCUGGCACUGAAGCAUAGACAAGGCAAGAACCACAAGAUGAGGAUUGUCGCUUUUGUGGGCAGCCCAGUAGAGGACAAUGAAAAAGAUCUGGUGAAGAUGGCAAAGAGGUUGAAAAAAGAAAAGGUCAAUGUGGAUAUAAUCAAUUUCGGAGAAGAGGAGAUGAACACAGAGAAACUGACUGCAUUUGUCAACACUCUCAAUGGAAAAGAGGGCACAGGUUCUCAUCUGGUCACUGUGCCUCCUGGGCCGAGUCUUGCUGAUGCCCUGCUGUCUUCUCCUAUCCUGGCUGGUGAAGGUGGCACCAUGAUUGGUCUGGGUGCAAGUGACUUUGAGUUUGGGGUGGACCCCAGUGCAGACCCAGAGCUGGCCCUGGCUCUGCGUGUGUCUAUGGAGGAACAAAGGCAAAGGCAGGAAGAGGAGGCUCGCAGAGCGGCCGUCCAAUCAGCAGCUGAGGCUGGCAUUCCCACUACAGCCAGUGAUGAAUCAGAGGAAGCUCUUUUGAAGAUGUCUGCAUCUCAGCCUGAGAGUGGUGUAGCUGCACUUCCAGACUUCAGCAGCAUGACGGAGGAGGAGCAGAUUGCGUAUGCCAUGCAGAUGUCCCUGGCAGGGGGAGAAUUUGGAGAAUCAAUGGAUACGGGAGCUCCCAUCGACACUGCAGAAUCUAAGGAAGAGGAUGAUUAUGAUGUGAUGCAGGACCCAGAAUUCCUGCAAAGUGUCCUGGAGAAUCUACCUGGUGUUGACCCCAACAAUGAGGCCAUCCGCAAUGCAAUGGGAUCUCUGGCCUCUCAGAGUGGUAACAAACCAGAGGGGAAAAAAGAUGAUGAGAAGAAGAAAUAACUGUUUCUGUUUGUGACCGACGCACAAGAUAUUUGACAUGAAAUGAGUCAAGAAGCGGCCAGCAGAAGUCCAUUAAGAUGCGUAUGGAUUUGCUAAGAUAUUAAAUAGCAGAUUACUGCAAUGUUGUGUGGUACCUCACAAAUUCACACAUGGCUUGCUUGCUUCCUCUUUUGCUCUGUUCACAAUUGAUUAAAUAUUUGAUAAAACCCUGCAAAAUU